GUAUGGAAAUGGAAUUUGCGGGACCGGAGCUUCUGCUGCCGUCGCUGCCGGCGUCGCCGUCGCGCCAGUUGCUGCGCAGGCGCAGUGGCCGCGAUGCAGUGACCCCAAGGAGCUCCGCCCCCAAGCGCACCCGCCUGCCGGCCCCCGCCCAAGGGGGCGUGGCCGUCGUGCGUCCCGGCAGCGCCGUCAGCCAAGUCCGGCGGGAUCGGGAGGUCCAGCGGGAGACAGCCGCAAAGCCGCCACGGCAGAUGCUACCUAUCAAGUUUUUAACACAAAAAUCCCUUGGCUACUCCAAUCCCUAUGCGAACGAUCCACCUGCAAAGGAUCAGCGAUCCCUGACCUCGCGGAGCCGACGAGCGGAGGUCAAGAGCCGCAAUCAACUCCACUCGAAGCCUUCGACCACGCGAUCGGCAUUCGGUGGACAGUACACCGUUCCCCAGGCGCCACAGGCGACUCCGUUUCGAAAGCCUGCUCCACCGCCGUUCUCCACCAAGAAACGGCCGAGUCUGCGAUCCGUGCGCGCCAAGGUCGACUCGCACCUGUGUCCUCGCCUCACGGGCCACGCCCCUUCACCGCCCCAAUCGAGUUCAACCCGACGAAGCGGCCGCGCGACGAAGAACAAGUCCCUGGCGGAGGCCCAUCAGCAGUUGGAGCUUAUGAUCUCGCGAAUCGAGCGGGCCAGCGACUAUCAGGCACCGCCUCCUCCUCCGCCUCCAAAGAGGCGUGGCGGUGGGAUCACCAAGGUCGCCAAGGGGGCGCGUCGCCAGAUGGCGCAACCACCGCCCGUGCCGGCCGGUUCCCCAAUAAUCAGCGCCCGGAGCAAUACGGUGGGACAAAACGAAUCCGAGGAUGAUCGGGAUAAUCGGGAUCACCACCUGCCCCAUGUCGUACCGCUCGUCCAAAAUCCGCAGCGGCUGCCGCCAGCGAAGCGGGACGCGCUGCUGGAGCUUCUGCAGCGGGCCGAUCAGCACGACAAGGGCAUCGUGGAUAUUGUGGCCGGCUCCACCGGGGAUCCCUCCAGGGACACCAUGCUCAUGCUGCUCCAGAUGUUACCCCUCAGCCUGAACGAAUCGCCUUACAAUGAGAAAUUCUGGGAGGGACAUCGUUACCUGAAGGAACGCCAGAAGUUGCACCAGAAUCUGCGGCCCGGCGACGAGCGAUUCAAGGAGGUGAAGGUCCUGCGAGGUCCCGACGGCCACGUCUUCUUCUCCCGCACUUUGGAGGAGGAGCUGCGCGACGAGAAGAAGGUGCUGGAGUACAUGGAGGCGGAGAUGCGAAGGCGCGGCACACAUUACUCGCAGCCGAAUCUCCUGGGUAACUCGACCGCCGACCGUCCGCCGCUGAAUGAGCGGGAGGAGAAGGCGAUGCGAGAACGGGAGGAGCUGGAGCAGCACAAGCAGCAGGUGGCCAACUGCCGGGAGAAGUUGCGUCAGCGGGAGUGCAAGGAACAGUUGAUCAGGGAACAACAACAGGCGGAGCAGCCAUCGCCUCGGGAGGGGUUCCAGGCCAAGAAUCCACCGACUCCCAGGCAAACUAAUCCCUGGAAUCAGCUCCUCCAGGAUCGGGAUCGUUUCAAGGCCCACUGCCAACGCAGUUGCUUCUACAACAACUCACGAAGCUCAGCCCCCUGGAAAAUAUAUGCCAAAGUGGCUAGCAAGCUCAGCUCCCAACUUAUUGAAAGCGUGGACAAAGAAUUUCAUCGCAGCGUGGCCAAUUAUAUAAACGACUUGGUGGGCAACAAAAUGACCCAAUGACAUAACGACUGCGGUUUCCCCUCUCUGACAAACUUUUUAUAUCAGAUUUUACAGAACCAAACACAAACACCGAACUUUUUACGGUUUAAUACUCUUCUUAAUACACAAAAAGUGUCAUUAAUGGACUCAGCUGGCAAAUUGAAUGUGUAGUAUAAAUUGAGAAUUUUAAAAAUUUAAUUGGAAAAAUUAUGUAAAUAAAAAUUACUGUAUGGAA